CCUGAGCUUUUCAGCCACCGGAUUCUGGAUUCACUAUUAGUCUGACUUCACUACAGACACAGGAGAGGGGCGAUCUUCUUAAACUUCAUCCCGUGUGUGGAUUUUUCAGGCACAUGUCCAGCUGCCUCAUGUCUGCUCUGAAGCUCGGUCUCCUCACUCCUGCUGGCUUGUCACUCUGAGAGUCAUGUCGUGGUGCAGAGUUUUGAAGAUGAAAACCAUCAGGGCAAGAAAUGUAUUGAUGGUGGUAGCACUCGGGCUUUUGCUCCUUCACCUUUGCAAAGAUUUUGUUGACCAUAAAACUAUAAGUUUCCACGUAGAUGUUAGAGAGGACCACAGCCGACUGACGCAAAACACCAAAAACAGCACAUAUGUAUUCUCAUGGCCAAAAUGUCAACAAAACACAUCUGCUGCCAACAUCGCUGAGUUCAACUCUUUGCCUAAUUCUAUCAAGGAUUUCCUCUACUAUCGCCACUGUCGCCACUUCUCCAUGCUACUGGACGUUCCGGACAAAUGUGGAGGAGCUGAUAAAUCUGGAGAAGUCUUUCUUCUUCUGGUCAUUAAAAGCUCUCCGGGGAACUACGAACGCAGAGAGGUGCUGCGCAAAACGUGGGGUGAAGAGAGGUUACACAACGGUGUGUGGAUUCGACGGAUCUUCAUCUCAGGAACGACAGAGAGCGGGUUUGAGAAGGAAAGGCUGAACAAGCUUCUGGAGCUGGAGCAACAGGAGCACAACGACAUCCUCCAAUGGGAUUUCAGUGACACAUUUUACAACCUUACAUUGAAGCAGAUACUCUUUCUUGAAUGGAUGGAAAGGAACUGUCCCAAUGCCCACUUCCUGUUGAAUGGUGAUGACGACGUCUUUGCCAACACAGACAACAUGGUCGAGUAUCUGCAAAGCCUCAAUGACAAUGACGGAAGCCAGCACCUCUUUACUGGCCAUCUGAUCCAAAAUGUGGGCCCUAUUAGAUCAACAAACAGCAAGUACUAUAUUCCUGUUCAGGUGCAGGAGUCAAACUCGUACCCUCCUUAUUGUGGUGGCGGGGGCUUCCUCCUCUCUGGCUAUACAGCCUCAGUCAUUUACAAUAUGUCCCAGUCUAUUACCAUUCUUCCCAUUGAUGAUGUUUACAUGGGGAUGUGUCUGGCCAAGGCAGGACUUGGCCCCACUUCCCACAUGGGCGUCAAGACAGCAGGACAACACGUUCCAUCCCACAGUAUAGACCAAUACCAUCCUUGCUUUUAUAAAGAGGUUUUACUUGUGCACAGAUUUCUUCCAGCUCAGAUGUAUCUAAUGUGGCACAGAGUACACGAUCCAAAUCUAAGAUGUGGUCUCUCCAGCCAAAAAUAUUUGUAGCACCAAACUUUAACUUCUAGGCAAUAAUAGAGCUUAGUGAUGUUCCAGUUCCUCCUGCUUCCAGCUCAAAUGAACAUGUGUUUGUUUCACAUACUGUAAGGAGAAAAAACUUUUGCUGGACAGAAGGGACUGGCACAUACCUUAAAUGAGUUGACAACAUUUGAACAGGCAGGACUGGCUGUUGCGUUGCAAUAUAAUACAUUAUAUUUUGUCUUUGUCUCACCAAAUCUUGUACCUUUCUUUACCAGAUUGUCUAAUGUUACUUAGUAGGUACUAUACUGGUUGGAUUGCUAGAUUUUGCUUUUGCUUGAAAUGCCCACUUACUGCACAGAAAGAAUGAAUGUGAAUUUUAAGUAGCCAUCAAGUGUAAAGUUACGCCUCAUUUUGAGAAUUCUCAUUGGAAAAUGAGUCCACAUUUAAAGUCAUUGGGUCUGAUUUUCUAUAUUUUAGUAUCACAUAAAGUUCAGCAUAACUACAGCUGAUACAGACUAAGAAAGGCCACAUUUUAGUAGACAAAAGCUGCCAGCUAGAGUGCAGCUGUGUGUUAGCUACCUUGUCCUGAGAUUAAGGACAUGAAAAAUGGCCAAGAAUUGAAAAGUUGGCUCUGUAUUGCAUAAUUUACUGAAUUUCUAUCACGUAGAAAAUGAGCCAGGUGUAAGGAGAGUUACCAAGUUAAUGUAAUUCAAAUAGCCUAUGAACACUGAGCAGUUCUCCCGUCAGCUGCCUGUAAAUCAAACGUGAAUUUUAAGAGCUGAUUGUAAUAUUUAAUUCAUACUUUCUGUUGGAUUUUUUCUGUAUGUCGCGUGCCAGCCGGUGUGAAAAUCAUGAACAGAUGACAUAUAAUCAGCCAAUUCAAAUGUAAAGCAUUGCAGAGUACUAUGGUUCAUCUGUAUGGGUCUUUUCAUGCUACGAUUGUAUGUAGGAAAGUACAUUUUGCGGGUUAAAUUGGUUAUAAGAGCUGGGUAUUUAUUUACAAUAAAAUACAGCAAUGAUAUGAAAACAUUUUGCAUACAGUGCUUAAAAUAUACUGAGACUUCUCCAAAAAUAAAUAAAUAAUUUAAAUAAAACAGGACAAAUAACAAUACAAUUCAUCACCUAAAAAGAACGAUUGAACUCAUGUUUGAGUUGGUUUGAUAAUUUAAGUAUUACAUUUGGUAAAUUUUACACUGCAGUUUAAUUGUACCCGUAAACGUCUGAACAAUGCCCAGCUCUAGAUCUGAUGCUUGUGUUGCUGCAGAUAUCAUCCAAAAUAAUUUCUCAGGGUUUCUUAAGAAUAAAAGGUGUAAUAUAUAUAUUUUUUUAUCUUCUUAAUCCUCUUUGUUCUGUUAAGCCUUCUUUAUUUUGUUUGUUUCAGCCUCAAUAUUUCUGUUACACAAAGGGAUUUGUGCCUUACAUCAGUGUUGCAGAACAUAACAACUGGGUGCCGGUAAAAGCCAUUACAAGUAGUUGCCAGUAGGCAAUCCAAUGCAGGAUCACUGUUUCAUUAAGAAUCAAUAUCUGUUGUUGCAGAUUCAGUAUGCUGAAUUGAGUAUAUGCACAAAUGUUCAAAUCUGUUUGGGUUUAAUGCUGCUAAGUAAGGGACUUUAUGUUGUACAGUUAAACAGCUUUAAAUGGUAAUUGAACUGCAUACACUGGCAGUACACAAUCUUCUCGUUUUAAAUAAGAUGUACGCAUAAUGUCCUUGGACCUUUUUUGUUUGGGUGUACCUGCGCAAGAAAUUUUGGAGGAUUAUUUUGUAAUAAACAUUGGGAUAAAUAUUUAUAA